AUGGUAUACGUUCUCUCUGCAAAUGCUGGGUCAUCCUCACUCAAGAUCUCUCUCUACGAUACGACGCAGCCGCCUCAUCUUAUUCUGACGUCCUCCCUCUCCAACAUUACCGCGCCUCCUGCCAAGUUUACAUUCCAGAGAGUUGAUUCCGCGGUUCAAAAUGAAGAGUUAUCCAACGUCCAUGACCACGCGUCCGCGUUUGCUCAUUUUCUGGAAUGCCUCACAAAGGAGGCCAAGAUUGAUUCCGAGACCGUGGUUGCAGUUUGCCAUCGUGUUGUUCACGGUGGAGACUAUACUGAUCCGGUCUUGAUCAACGACGAAGCCUUUCAUCACAUCGAGAAACUUUCUGAUCUCGCUCCAUUACACAACGGAGCCGCGUUAGCUGUUAUAAAGACAUGUCUAACCCAACUUCCACACGCCAAAUCCAUUGCCUUCUUCGACACUGCGUUCCAUCGUUCGAUACCUGCCUACAUCUCAAGUUAUGCGAUCGACCAGAAGAUUGCAAAGCAGAGGGGGCUCAAGAAAUACGGCUUCCAUGGCUUAAGCUACUCGUCCAUCUUACGCGCUGUUUCCCACUUUCUCCAAAAGCCUCCGACUUCUUUGAAUAUGAUUGUCCUUCACCUUGGUUCUGGCGCUUCAGUAUGUUGUAUACGACAGGGUCAUUCGCUCGAUACCUCUAUGGGGCUCACUCCUCUUGAUGGGCUUCCCGGAGCGACUCGUUCUGGCGCCAUAGACCCAAGUCUUAUAUUCCAUUAUACCAACAAGGCGGGCCGUAUCUCGCACAACAAAGACAAUGCAGUCCAUUUGCACGUGACACAAGCGGAACAAAUUCUCAACUCGCAAUCUGGCUGGAAAGCAAUCGCAGGAACAACGGACUUUGGGGACAUCAUUCGUCGUCGGACAAAAGACUCUGCCGCGCAGCUUGCAUUCGACCUGCUGACGGAUCGUAUUCUCAACUUUGUUGGCUCAUAUCACUUGAAGCUGGGUGGGCAAGUCGAUGCAUUGGUGUUUUCCGGAGGGAUUGGGGAGCGUAGUCAGGAGCUCCGAGCGUUUAUUGGCCAGAAGGUGGAAUGCUUAGGGUUCACCCGAGUUGAUCAGGCGAAGAAUGAAAACGUCGACGAGAAGACGGAGGUUGUCGUGGACAUAUCAGCAUCUCCUGGACCCAAAGCAGUUUUGGUUUGUCGAACAGAUGAGCAGCUCGAGAUGGCGCAACAUGUGACCAACCUGAUCUCUAUGCUUGGCGACAAACGGUUAUUGAGUUUCAUGCGGCUACCGACUGCGUUGGUUUUGCUGUUGAAUGCAGCAUUAACCUCGGCUCAGGCUCGAACCGCUCUUGCAGUGGGCUUUGUACAACCGGGACACACCCCGAACCCACCUUUCUUUACUAUACCAAGUGCGACCCGGCUCGCAAUAUCGGUUGCGGUUUGCUCUGGCACCACGAACUCUGCGUCUCCACGAUUCUUCGUCACUAACAGCUCUUCGACUGCUAGUCCAGGGUCGGGUGGAGGGGAGAAUGUUUUCGAGAUCGUUUUGGAUCACGGCCACGGAAGCUGGACGGGAGUAUUUCCAGAGGGCGGUGUGGUGGGAGUUGAAGAUGCUGGGGACACGCGGUUCGAAAUUGGAGUCUCGAAUGGAGUACCUAUUCACGAGGUCAUCUCCACUCCCCCAUUGUUUGGCGACUCGACCGCAAGCCAGGCACUCUUGUUUUCUCCACCAUUCUCGGCCCCCAACCAACAGGAUCCAACGUACCCCAAGUAUAUAUUACCACCAGGAAAUCUGUCAGCAGCUAUCCCGCCCUCUAAUCCAAUCAACUUCACAGUCAUCGUAUCGCCAACGAGCAAUUCGCUAACGUCUAUGCAACAAACUGCAUGUAUGCUCAAAACACAAAACUCAACAGGCGUUGUGGCGAAGGAGGGUCUAUGGAUGCGUGACUCCAGUGGAUGGAGGAUGGAAUGGCUUUUCACGGGAUUGACGGCCAAAACGAAUUACACCGUAUAUGCUAUCGAGAGUGGCUACAAGGUUGCCGGACCAAUCUUCUUCACAACCAAAUCCCCGUCUUUCUCGUGUCCCUUAGUCUCGCAAGUCCCAUACUGCCCUUCGGUCGGAUAUGCGACUCCGCUGCCCCCUCCACCUAACCCCCUCGUGUCAUACGAUGGCAGUUCUCUGCCAGAAUCCAUAUCAGGUCCCCUUAUUUCGUCCCUCACCAACUUCACGACUUCCCUGACGACAUUUGCCUGUGGCCGGGAUCUCUACUCACCUCUUGUGAGCUGCGCUGAUUGUCAGCGAGCCUAUCGCACUUGGCUUUGCACCAUUUCUUUUCCUCGGUGUGCGGACCAAGACACUUCACCGUCUUCUGCUGCGCUGCUUCUUUCACAACCUCCAAACGCUAGAAAUUCGGCUUUCCCUGCUGGAAGUAACUACACACAAUUGCUUCCAUGUCUCGAAACAUGUACAGCGACAGAUCGAGCAUGCCCAAACUUCCUUGGGUUCCGCUGUCCCUCGCCGCGAUUCAACGCCGCUGAAAGUUAUGGUGUGGGGUAUGUCGACAGCGGAGCAGACGGAGUUCACGGCCAUGGAACUCCUGGAAUGUGGUCAGACAAUUUUGGCAACGUUUGGUGCAACUCCGGCCAAUAA